AAUCAUUUCAAGGAAAGAAGCUUUCUUUUCUCUCAAUACUUUCAUCGUCUCUGUUUCCGCCCAUUCUUCUUCUUCUUCUUCUUCUUCUUCUUCUUCUUUUUCAGUUUGGUUCCUGAGAACAAUCAGAGCCACGGAGAUUCUUCAAAGGUUCUUCUUUGCCUCUGGAUUGUUUACACUCAGCAUAGUGGAAGUUUUUCACUCCAGUUUCUGUUGAUUGUUGAAAAAAGUUAAUUCAAUUUAGCAGUUGUGUAGAAGUGGUCUGUUUUCCCCCCACUGGAUAUGGCCACUAAUGAAAAUCUUCCACCAAAUGUUAUAAAGCAACUUGCAAAGGAGUUGAAGAGCCUUGAUGAAUCCCCUCCUGAAGGCAUAAAAGUAGUUGUUAACGAUGAUGACUUCUCAACAAUAUUUGCUGAUAUUGAAGGCCCAGUGGGGACUCCCUACGAGAAUGGUCUCUUCCGCAUGAAGUUGAUAUUGUCCCGUGAUUUCCCAUGUUCUCCUCCCAAAGGUUACUUCCUUACAAAGAUCUUCCAUCCGAACAUUGCAACGAAUGGCGAGAUUUGUGUCAACACUUUAAAGAAGGAUUGGAAUCCAAGCCUCGGAUUGCGACAUGUUUUAAUUGUUGUUAGGUGUCUACUGAUUGAACCAUUUCCAGAAUCAGCUUUGAAUGAACAAGCUGGCAAGAUGCUGCUUGAAAAUUAUGAUGAGUAUGCCAGACAUGCCAGGCUCUAUACAGGAAUCCAUGCAAAACCGAAGCCGAAAUUCAAGACCGGAGCUAUCUCCGAGUCAACAACCGCCCUCAAUGUCGACCCAACAAAUGCGUCAGCACUUAGUACAGAUCUGAAAAACGCAUCUGCCACUGCAUUGCCUUUGGCAUGUCCAACUGCCAAUUCUACUACUGCAGUGAGAAGUGGGCAGGAGCAGCAGCAGCCAAAUGUUGUUACAGCAUUAGCCUCGGAAUCAGGAGUCGGGGUCUCCGGGGUGGGCGUAGCACCAGCAGCAACGGUGAAGAAGGAAAGUGGACACUUAAAAAUGCAGCAGGUUGACAAGAAGAAGAUAGAUGCAAGAAAGAAAAGCUUGAAGAGAUUGUGAUGUUUUAUUAUUUUGAAUUGAAUUAAAAAAUGGAUGGUCAAUUAAUGGCAUAGUUUUAUUAAGGUUAGCUCUCUUGUUCGAUAACGGUGGGCGCUUAGAAGAAAAAAGAUCUAAGAAUUUAGAAUCGAGAGCUAAAGAAAGAAGUGUUGUGCUGUGCAACCAACUUGUAAGGAACACACUUUCAUCGGCUGAAUCACUCAUGGUGUUGACUUUUUUCUUCAA